CGUGUUUUUCUGAGACAGUACGUGGAGAGUAGAGAGUAAAAGCAGGGAGAGGAGAGAGUAGAAUGAAUCAUUGAAAAAGGAAGCAGAAACGACGAGACUUGAGUGCAGUGUGUGUGUGAUGAGCGGCGAGGACACCAGAAAGAGCAUCGGAGGAGGAACUCUGAUGGCGAGGCCCAAUUCCGACGAACAUGCUCCAAAGCCAUCGUCAGCAACAGCAACGCCCCCUCCCACCAAGAAGAUCAUCAUCAAGAGUGCCGAUAUGCCCCCCGACUUGCAAAGGGAGGCCGUUGAUAUCGCCGUCUCCGCAUUUGAGAAGUGCAAUGUCGAGAAAGAUGUUGCGGAGCACAUCAAGAAGGUCUUCGACAAGAGGCAUGGUCCCACUUGGCAUUGCAUCGUUGGUCGCAAUUUUGGUUCUUAUGUGACUCAUGAAACAAACCACUUUGUUUAUUUCUAUUUGGAUCAGAAAGCAGUUCUGCUUUUUAAGUCUGGCUAGCAACAUGCUAAAGGUGACAAAAAUGUUGAAGAGUCUUGUGAUUAUGCUGUUAUAUUAACUCUUGUAUGUAUUGAAUCCUUGGUAGGGAAAACUCUUUGAUAUUCUUGUCCUUGUAUAUCUAACUUCAUGCACUUUCUGCUUUACUUUGUAUUUUAUUCGAUUUGGGAGUCUUGGGAACACAAUGUCUCAUUAACAUUUCAAAUAUUUGUGACUUGUCAGACCUUAAAGGCUGUGUAUGUAACUUGUGACAACUUCACAUGGACAGGGUUAGCCGAUUAGGUUCCAAAGAAUGGGUUUGCCUUAGUGAUGUCAACAUUUCACUUGCAUUCCUUAGGUGGAAAUUUACAUUUGACAUGGUGAAUAUUACAUUUGAGAAUCCUGUCAAUGGUGGAAUGUUGAGGAUCCCAUCCCCCUUGUGGUGUUUCGAUACUAAUUAUAGAACCACUAUGCCUAAUAGCCAGAAAGAAAACAAAAGUACUAGUUACUAUAGUAAUGUUGUUUGCACAUGAUGUUUUUCAAAGACUUCUUUUCUUUUUUAUUUUUCGGUAGUCGGAUCUUAUUAUUAUGAAAUAUAUUAAUCUGGGUUGAGAAAUUAUAGCUUUCUCUUUGAAAUGGGACGAGUUCGUUUACUACUGAAUCAGUCCAGUCAGUAGUAGUAAGUACAGUAAAAACACAUGAUGUGUGGCGUCAUGGAUCACUGUAAUCUUUUCAGCUUUGUGAAGACGACAAUGAGAAGGUAAAGUGAGUGUUUAACAUCGUGUGACAAUUAA